AUGAAAGUUUCCGUUUGGACGAAGCGGCUUAUGCUGCUGUUUGCGACAGAUCCAUUAUUUGCGACCGCCAACCCGACUCCGACCCGAACCCAGUCUGCAGUCCCAACCGCCGCCUACCGAGCUGGCGAAGCAUUGCUGUUCAGGCGCCAGGAUUGCCCUGCUGGAACAAGUCUCUGCUCCAGUUCCUUGGGCGAGGAUUUCGACGGCGUCUGUUGCGCGACGGGGCAGCUCUGCGCAUAUGAUGACAGCAAUAACGCAGCCUGCUGUCCGUCUGGAGCUGUCUGUACCGGCGCCGCCCCGACAACGGCACCGGCCGCUCCCACCGCCGUUUCAUAUGUGCCCAAUUCUUACUUCCCGUUCCCGUUCGUCGCCACUUCCCUUGACCGGGGCGAGUGCUCCGACGCCGUUCAGCAGUGCUCACGAAACUACGAAAGCUGCGUCACUCAACUGGACGGUGAUGCAGGCUUCGGCGUCACUGUUGUCAUCCCCGGCGGAGGCGGCACCACCGUCGCCGCCACCCGGGUGGACGUCGGAACCUCCGCCACGCCGAUUUGCGCCAGUCUUAGUUCUCGCGCCUGCCACGGCAUAGCAUACGACCAAUGCUCACAGACGACAACAGUGGACGGGGUCGUGAUAAAUGCGGCUGCCCGGCCGACACCAGCUUCCGUGGCUGGAAUGGUUGCUGGUAUCGGAAUCGCCGUCUUUGGCUUCAUGCGAUGA